AUGACUAGUCUGGAGACUAGCCUAGCACAGUCCGGACACCAGCCUGCGCCUGCAACACCUGAGCCUUCAGAGGCCGAGCAUGAUCCGGAGCCGGAAGAAUCCCAGGCGGGGUACGAUCCUAUGGAAGUAGAUCUAGGUGUAAUACCAAAGGAGGAGGAACCCGAAGAAGAAGAAGACCCCGAGGAAGAGCCUGAAGAAGUACCAGGAGAAGAACCCGAGGACGAGUCAGAGGAUGAGCCUGAGAGUGAGCCAGAGGAGGAACCGGAAGAGGAGCCUGAUGAGGAGGAGCAGGUAGAGGUUCCACUAGAGUCGGAUGAUUUGGAUAACCCGAUUGAGAUCGAGGCUGACUCGGACUCCUCAACGGAGCAGAUAGCUCAAAGGGAUUUAAACUCGAGUUCUGAGGAGUCGGAUUCGAAGUGGACGCCAUCUCGAGGGCGUAGGGGCUAG